CGAAGCGGAUGAAGGCGUUCUUGUUAGCCUAUAGCGUCGGCAAAAAUGCGCGCGCUCUUGUGUGCCUAGCGUCGGCGAAAAUGCGCGCUUUCAUGCUUAGCCCAUCGUCCGCGAGAUGGUUCGGGGAGUUGCCGUGA